AUGGACACAGAUAGGAGACUUACGAAGGCUUUGGGUGCAGCCAACGAUGCUCUCCAGCACCUAUCCAUGUCACCUGACUCUGGAUGUAUAGACUGCACACACAUCGACAGAUUGCUCGGUCGUGUGGUAGACCUACCGACCGAGAGUAACCAGAGGAACAGUAGGAGGAACCUACUGGUGAUACGACAAUGGAUGAUCACAGAAGGACCAGGCGUGGUGUUAUUGGAGGUUCUUGGACAGCUCUACUGGCGGUUAGGCGAGCUUAACAGCAAGCAGUUUGAGAAGCUCAAAUCAGCUCUUCGACAACAACAGCCAUACCUUUCACUUAUCCAGGAUACUGGUGCAGCCACGCUGGUGAUUCAAAGGAUUCGACACAUUCAAAGGUUAAAGGCAGAUGCGUGUCAGGAUUUCUUAUACGAGCUGUCCGAUCUCACAGGCAUGAACGACUUGCCGAUGGCAGAGAUGGACGCCCUACGAUCGAGCUCGAGCACGCCCUCCACCCCUCAAUCAGGUCACUCGUUCGACAGCAGCUCAUCGCAGGAGUCUAGCUUCGUGAGCCUUAUCAAGUAUGUUCCGUCGAGCACAACGUGCGAAAGCGAUAUGGAGCAGACCCUCACCGACUUCUACAUCAACGGUAUUUGUCCGGGUCGCACAGUUGCGACGCAGUCAAAUACUUAUAUCUCGAUGUUACAUAUAGCAAAUACCUGUUUGAGCACAAAAUGCGCGCUUCUAAGCCUUGCAGCAUCGUACAUCUGCGAGUACCGCUCUGAACAAAAAGAGGCCUAUCACCGAGCGGAACUGUACUACUCCACCCAAGCACUCAAAGCUCUGGCGACGCAAAUCAGUAGUGGAGAGGAUUACGAUGGUGCACUUGCGACUAGCAUGCUACUGAUGCAUCACGGUGCGAUAAAUCAAGAUGAUUCACCCUUGUGCUGGUCAUGCCACGCCAACAUCUUCGACACCAUACCGUCUGACUCCAUCGAUCACCAUUCUGACCCAGCUCUGUUCAUCCAUACUCAGUUAAUCCUCGCUCGUACGGCACAAACGGCAUACAAGCUACAAAAUACCCAAAUACAUUCGCCCGAUACCAAGAACUGGUACGAGGAUACGCCGCCAGCUGAAGCGCAGAAAGUCUGCGGUUCUAUUGGCCUUUCGCCUCAACUCUUGUCUUUGAUUUCGUCCAUUACAUCUCUGGCGAUAGACAACGGUCCCAACAAAAUCAUUCAUGGGCAAAGUUGCGAGACACAGCUUCAACACUUGAGGCAGUGGACAGUUGAGCUGCAAGGUCCUGAGCAAGAAGUUCUCCUCGCCACGGCUGAAGCUUUCCGUCUUGCAGCUCUCAUCUACCUACGCUGCCGACUCUUUGGUUUUACACGCUUCCAUCCCUCGAUCCUCGAGCUCUCUGAAGCUCUCCACAUCGUCCUCCUAUCCUUACCAGUUAAAGGUGCCCUCUACACCGCCAUCUACCCCGUCUGGCCGCUCUUCAUCGCCGCCGUGACUACUAGUUCAGAUAAGCGCGACUGCCUCUACCAACGUGUCGACCCCAUUCGCGAAGGCGACAAGAAUACCCUCCCAGCUGUACUAAACCGAAUUUCUGGGAUGAGAAUAUGGCUUGCUAAUCAGGACUCCGCUUGCCAGAGGCGCAACGGUUGGUGGGAUGAAAUGCUGAAUCCUAGCAGCAGCACGACGGCACUGGGAUCAAAUUUGUUGUGCCUGGGUUGA